AACAAGUCCAUCCCCCCCGGGGCGUGAGGGAGGCCCGCCGAGGCAACGGCAGCGGAGGAACAGCGGGAGCGCCGCGCCGCCGCCGAGUUCAGCGCGGUGCCAGCCGAGCCGCCGCGCCCCCGCCCAGCCCCGCCGGGCCCUCGCCCAAGCCGCCCCUCCCGUGUCGCCAGGAGGCUACCCCACCGGGUGCGUGCGGUGACGCCGCUGGGCAGCAGAGGCACCUCCCCUGAGAAGCCAGCAGGGCGGCGUCCCGCGGGGAGGAUGAGCGGCACGGGCGCCCGGUCCAGCCACCUGUCCCAGCCGGUUGUGAAGAGCGUGCUGGUGUACCGCAACGGGGACCCGUUCUUCGCGGGGCGCCGCGUCGUCAUCCACGAGAAGAAGGUGUCCAGCUUCGACGUCUUUCUGAAGGAGGUGACGGGCGGCGUUCAGGCGCCCUUUGGGGCCGUCAGGAACAUCUACACCCCGCGGACCGGGCACCGCAUCCGGAAGCUAGACCAGAUCCAGAGCGGAGGCAACUACGUGGCCGGGGGCCCGGAAGCCUUCAAGAAGCUCAAUUACUUGGACAUAGGAGAAAUGAAGAAGAGACCUAUGGAAGUUGUUAAUACAGAGGUGAAGCCGGUAAUGCACAGCAGAAUCAACGUGUCUGCUCGCUUUAGAAAACCCCUUCAGGAGCCCUGCACCAUCUUCUUGAUUGCAAAUGGAGACCUCGUAAGUCCGGUUUCUCGCCUCCUCAUCCCCAGAAAAACCUUGAAUCAGUGGGAUCAUGUGCUACAAAUGGUCACAGAAAAAGUAACUCUGAGGAGUGGGGCUGUCCACAGACUUUACACAUUAGAAGGAAAACUUGUUGAGAGCGGGGCCGAGUUGGAGAAUGGGCAGUUUUAUGUGGCUGUCGGCAGAGAUAAGUUUAAGAAAUUGCCUUACGGUGAAUUACUUUUUGACAAGUCCACCAUGAGAAGGUCCUAUGGGAAAUGUCAUGCAUUUGUGAAAAGUGCCUUAUUUCCGCUGAGCAGAGGGCUGGCCCCCGGCAGAUGCAGGCACCCCCUGGCUUGCUCAUGUCAGAAAGCUUCUUCACUACCUCCUAUUGUAGGAUCCAGAAAGUCUAAAGGGAGUGGAAAUGAUCGUCAAUCCAAGUCAACGGUUGGAUCCAGCGACCACGCUUCCCCUCAGCCCCCAAAGAGGAAAGGGAAAAAAGAGGAGGUGAAUUUGGAAAAACCCAAGAAAGGGAAACAAAACGUAAAGUCAAAGAACUCACCACAAAUAAGUCCAAACAGUGAUGAAGGCGUUUUCAAAGCUGGAGCAGAGAGGUCUGAGACACGGGGGGCAGCAGAAGUCCAAGAAGAUGAAGACACUCAAGUUGAGAUCCCAGUUGACCAGAGGCCAGCGGAAAUAGUAGAUGAGGAAGAAGAUGGAGAAAAAGCAAACAAGGAUGCAGAGCAGAAAGAAGAUUUUUCGGGAAUGAAUGGUGAAGUUGAAGAAGGAGGAGAGAAGGAGACUACAGAUGCCUCUGAGCAAGUCGGGGGGCUCCCGGAUCACAGUGAGGAGCCGGCGGCUCCCACCCGCGUUAACGGGGGCACCAAUGAAGAAAAUGGCGAGGAGCUGGAUCAGGUUAAUACUGAGCCUCAGGAGGCAGUGGAUGAGGAAGUAAAGUCGCAAGGAGCUGGCAGUGGACAAGAUGAGGCUGACUUAGACCCUCAAAGACCACCAAGACCAGAAGUAAAAAUCACGAGUCCACAAGAAAAUGAGAACAACGAACAAAACGAGGACUAUGCUGUCGUAGCAUAGAUAAUUUUUUAAAAAAGAGAGUGUAUUGAUUAUCAGGAAAAUGAAGGGUUAUAAUACUUGAAUAAUGAGGAUUUAGUUACUGCUGAACAUGGUGUGACAAUAUUGAAUACUACCUAUGGAAUUCUAAGAUUGGAGGCUUAAUGGAAAGACUAGAUAAUUUUGAGUAGCUACUAGGGGAGAGUGGCUUCUUUUCAUGGGAUAUAUUUGUAAAAGUCAUUUAGAAAAAUUAAGUAAGAGGGAUAGAGGGACAGUUGCUCGGGAUGACAAUUGGCCACUUGUCUUGGUAAGCGAUGAAAAAGGUUAGGACCACACCUAUUAUAGACUUGUCUAUAAAUUUAGAAGUGAGGUUAUUAGAUGGAAGCUUAUUCUAGAGCACUUAUCUAGGAAGGCAUAGAAUUUUAAAGAGAUGAUAAUAGGAAAGCAUGUCCUUUUUUUUUUUAAAGCAACAAACUCUUGAAUAAACAAAUUGUAAUUUAGUUUCAGAGAUGGCAGUAGAUUGAAAUGUUUCCUUGACUUGUUGAUAUUCUUACCCUUCUUCCUCCUGAUCCCAAACCCAUCUCACACGAAUUAAAAAGAGCACAUUUUGGAAGGAGGAAGUCUCCAUUCAGUGUGUUAGUGAUUCAUCUGGGCACCCCCCUCUCCCUUAAGUGCUUCAGGUUUUUCUCUUACAAGAAGAGAAGAGACGUGAGUUAUGGCUUUAAUGACACGCUCAGGAAGGAGUUUUACCAUGGAACACCCAAUUAUAGUCAUUGAGCCUGGCUGGAUAGUUUGCAAGUUCUGAUGUCCUCUGGAUUUUCAUGGAUCUAGUCUCCUUCACCAAUAAUACCCAUCUCUUCUCCAUCAUGCUACUGUGUUAGAAAACUCAAUAUUGGCUAGUCUAAAGAUUGAAUUCUCUCCAGAUUUUUAUAAAAGAACAACAACAACAAAAAAAACCCAAGACUGCAUUUGACUUGUUUUGUGCCUUAUUUCUAUUAGGAUUGGCCUUGUCAUAUUUUUGCCCCUAGGGAUAUCAGCAAAUGUCUAUUUUAAUGGCCAGUUAUAUUUAGACUUUCAAGCAGAUUCCUUCCUAUAUAAUUAGAAGCCCUCUGAUAGAAACUGUUGAAAAAUGUUUAAAUUGUCAUGAUGAAACCAGUUUCUUAUUACACUUUUGUGGGCUAAUUAAAAGAACUCACAAUGGCCUUGUUAGGUAUAUAUGGGGAAAACAUAAUUGUAUGUUUUCUGAGUUUUUAAGAGAUGACGCAGGUCUUCCUUAAAUAUAGAAAUAGUUUAUUUUUCUCAUAUUGAAGAAUAUUUUUGUUAAUUGUGUAGAUGUUAUAAAUUUGAAAGGAAACUUCUAGUGCUUUCGUAGAAUUCAUUAUUAAUCAUAAGGUUAAAAGAUUUUCUUCCCCUCCAGGUUUCAUAACCAACCAUUUGGAAUAAAGGUAGUUAUAUCAAGCACUUAAUAAUACUACAGAAAAUGAAUGUAUUUUUUUUCCUAGCAGCUAUUUUAAUAUUUUCUACAAAUAGGAAACAUAAAUGGAGACUAUAACGUAACAGUAUUGGAAAGAGAUGGUGAUAUAAGGGUAUAUUGAUCUGGGAGGAUGAAUUGUAAAUGGGUGUUCUAUAUUUCUGGUAUAAAAUCUAGAUUGUGCUUAUUACAGGUAGGCUUAUUUUUUUUCAAAGGGGACAAUAUGAAACGCUGUAAACUACAAGCAACAAUCUUGUGUUGCUAGGGAGAUAGGCUAGCUGGUUUUUUGAUGUUAAAUUCCCGUGCCAUUACUGGGCCUGGGGUUAAUGAUGUUCAAUAGUUUAUAGAAAUCAGGAAUUAAAUGCAAGAAAUUAUAACUAAUUAUCAAGGUGAUUCUUUUAGUUUUCUUUCUUUAAUGAGUUUCUCUUUUUUCCUUCUUUAAAAGAGAUCUUGUAUUUUUUUUUUUUUCUUCUGUUCCUCAUUAUACUAUAAAGCUUAGGUUUUCAGGACCUUUUUAAGAGUCAUCUCAAUAAUUCCAAUGUUGUUUUACAUGAACAACAAAAUAUACAAACACUUCAGGAAGAUGACAGGCCACAGUUAACUAUAGCAAAAAAUGGAAAAAAUCAGGAUAUAAUUCUUCUCUUGGAUGUGCAUAUUUUACCACCUGUUGACAAGAUAUAUUGUGACCUAACUUGAGGGGAUGAACAACAACUCAUCACCUUAAAACUGUUUGUAAGCACAUACUACUAAAAAAGAAAAAGAAUGAAAUAUGUUGUCUAACCAAGGGAAACAUCAUUCACAGAGAAUGGGAAGUGUGAACAUCAUUUUGAGGAUGACAUCAGCACGAAGAAGGAGAGCUGACUCACCCCCCAUGUGUGGACGUGUUCUCUGUGGGAGUCGUGGUCUCCGUGGCAGGUUAGCUGCACCAGUUAAGCUGGACUCAUGGACAGAUCUGGGGAGCAUUUAUGUGAGUGAGCAGAAGAGAUCUUGGGCAGGCUGCAAGUAUUGUUUCCAGCAGAGAGGAUGCUGUGACAAACUCACGUAGCUCUGAUGUGCUAGCCAGUGGAAUGCUUCUCCAUGUCAGCUCUUUGUGAGGCUGUGGGUACAGACCCUCUCGUUCUAGUUUUAUGGAACUCGUUUCUCAAGCUUAAUUGGGUUGUAAGACAUUCGUAAACAACUGGUUGCUUAGUUGAAUUGGAACAUUAGAGUUUUGCAGCGCAAAAUACAGUUUUAGCUAACAUCAUUUUCAUGCUAAGGACAUCAUCUCGCUCAGUAUCUUCUGUUCAGUAUCUGUUGAGCAUCUAUGGAUUUCUAGUUACACAGCAUGACAUUAUGGCCGUAUGAUAACUUUUUACUCAUUGUUUUUCUCUAUAGCCAGAGAAUGACUCUCCACUUAUUAAGACAUUGCUUUUCCCCUUAUGUCUUCUGGGGAAUAUUCAAAUGCCAGACUCACAGGAAGAACAUGAUACUCUCAUGCCUCCCAUUUUAUUCUGAGAGUGUUGGUUCCUGCUGUGGUCUGUAAAGGCAGAACCAUCCCAUCUCUAUGUGGCUCAGAGUCCAUUAGAUAGCUCUGCGGGCUCACAGUUGUGAAGCCAUACUAAUGUGAACUUAUUCAUGCUAGCUUUUCCAGCGUAUAGCUCAUAAACCAACAUCCUGGAAAAUUUCGGUAAAUGACCUAUCUUACACACAAGGGAUAAAGUUCAUUCACCUAGGAAAUAUCUGUGUAUUCAAAAUUGUGGCCACAGAACAUCAGGAAGGCUUCUUUGUGUUAUUAACUGACUCUCCUAAAGAAUUAGCUCUGUCCUUUCACUUUUGCUCAAUAAGUAGCAACGCAAAAUUUUUAAAAGCAGAUUAAAUUACUAAAGAGAAAGCAUCCCAUGUGAACUGUUGCCAAUUUGAACAGAAAGAGAAUAUAUAGAUAUUCACAUAUACAUAUCAAAUACUUAUACAGAUGCACUCACACACUUUAUUGAAUGGGCCUCCUCAGGCAUUGCGUUAUUAAUAGAAGAAGACUCUCUUUGAGAGAAGCAAUGUGUAAAGAGAGGAAAUGCUAAGAAAUGAUCUAUAUCAUGGUGCUUUAAAAAUUGUUUCCUGUAGGAUUUAAAAGAUUUAAAAUUUUCAAAGUAAGAAAGCUACCGGAAUUCUAAUGAAAAGUUUAUUCUAUGAAGGAGUGAUUGCAGAUAGAUAGAUAGAUCGAUCAUCAUGUUUUCCUGACCUAAUGGCAGAGUACAGUCUCUUAGCUCUUUGUUACCAGACUUAACUACCAUAUGCGUUAGGUGCAGAAUAUUUCACACCAACAGGGACUCUGUCAAAGGUUAUCACUGUUGGUGAAUAUAUGUACAUGAUUUACAGGAAUGCACAGAGGACUCUCUUUGGUACCAAGUAGCGAGGUGCACUGCAAAUAGAAUACAAGACUGACUUACUAUUUUACCAUUUUAUCUAUAAUGUUCUAGUUCAGUACAGAAGCUUUGUAGUGUCCUUGAGUGACUGUCAUAUCCUGGAGUUGCAACACUUUCUUGUUUUCUUUUUCCUUUUUUUUAAGGUUAGUCUGUUUUUCUAAGGUGACAAGCAUGUACAGUUCUUUGUUAUUAAAUAUCAAUCUUGUAAAUACUCUAAGAUUCUUUCUUUCCAGAAAUUAUCCCAGGAUGGAAAUGGGUCUGAUUUUUGUUCUUAGCACAUAAAAUUUGCAUAUUUCCUACCAUGAAAUCUAAGGGACUCGGAGAGAGCAUGAAAGUGUGUCCCCACAUGUUGAUGAAGAAGGAAACCUUGCUUUGGAAGAGGUAUGACAUCCUGUAAAAUAUGGGGAAUUAGGAAAGGAUUUUAAAAUAUCUGGAUAACUGUAAAGCAUUUGUAAAAUCAGGAGGUAAGUAAUGGAGCUCCGUUGACUUAAGCCAACAACAGACUUAGCUUCAAUCUACAAAUGGGACCACAUGAAUUCUCUGUAGUUUCUCUGUAGUUGAUCAGUUUAAACCACACAGUCUAAUUGAGUGACUGAGUUAUUGCCACAAAUGUCAUGGCAAGUGGGAAGAGGGAAUGACCAUAGUGCGUAUCAGAAGAAGUCUGGAGAAAACUCACCCUGGUUUUUGCUUCGCUCCUUCUUUUGUGCCUUAAAUCCUUACUAUGUACAAUGCUAAUGGGUGAUUAUUGAUGUUGUAAGUAAAAGUUAAGUUGUGCUUAUCAUUUUUAUGUGAUUUAUGUUUAGAACUUCUCUUUGUAAGGAAAAUUAUUUGUGCUUUGAUCAAAUUAUGAGCAUUAAUUUUUUUUUUAAUUUCUGUAUCAGUGCUCAUUCUGAAAUAUGGAAGUUUACUGUAUCU